AACCUUGACCAAAAGUUAGUUACUCAAAUAACAUAUAUUAAGCCAACAAAGUUUGUACCCUUGAAUCCCACAGCUAUUUCUGUCAUGCAUUGCUUCAUAUAUAUUGAGACCUAAGGCACCGGAAGUCUGACCAACUUAUUGCCGGAAUCUGACCCACAACACCCACCCAUUUCCACCCAUCAACACAAAAUGAGCCAGGAACAGCCAAUUAGGCCCCAAUCCGAACAAGAACCGACCGAGCUUCAUGCGCAGCCGGAGGCGCCCCAGGAUGCCGAUGCCGCCGCCGCAGUGACGCAGCCUGCAGAGCUUGAACAGACCCAGAAAGAUGGGCCAACCUCGGCAAUGCAAUCGGCAGCUAAUCGGAACGAGAAAGCUGAAAAUAAUCGUUCGGGGCGACGUAUUAUAUCUGAAUCAGUUGAAGGACAGGUUGUUGGGCAUUAUGACCACUUACCAGGGGCCAAUUUCGAACCGGGAAACAUCACCAUUGGCGAAGCACUUGAGGCUACAGCUCUGACAUUGGGACACAAGCCGGUGGAUUACAGCGACGCAGCUGCAAUUCAAGCAGCGGAAGUCAGAGCCACUGGCCGUACCAACAUUGUUCCUGGUGGAGUCGCCGCAGCUGCUCAGUCUGCUGCAACCCGCAAUGCUCGGACCGCACGCGACGAGGACAAGACCAAACUCGCUGACAUUCUUACGGAUGCUGCUGCCAAGUUACCGGCAGAUAAGGCAGUGACGCGUAGAGAUGCUGAGGGAGUGAUUGGUGCAGAACUGAGGAAUGAUCCGAAUCUGACCACGCGUCCGGGAGGCGUAGCUGCCUCUGUGGCAGCAGCUGCCAGGAUUAAUCAGUCUAAAUAA